UGCAUUCCGUUACCAUAGCAUCUGUAUAAGCUCAACAUGGGCAGCGAUCAGCACACCACUGGACCUAUUCAGGAAGAAAUAGAUGAGUUGAGAAGAAAACUUCAGCUUCUAGAGGGUGACAAGAAGGCUUACUUGGAGAGCUCUCAAUCGGUCAUACAACAAAAUAAGGAAACUAUAGCGCGCAUGAGAACAGAGAACAAGCGACUUCGGUCUCAGCUGGCGGAGAAAAUUGCUGGAGAUGAAGCUGUUAUCUCUAGUGCUUUUGCUGCCCGUCAAAAGUCACAACCACCAAACUUUCGUGGAAUGUCUGGUCAAACGGCAAUUCAAAAAUUUGACCAACAGUUAUGCGAAAAGAUUAAAUUAUUCAAUGCUGUCCAACACCAAACGAAGCAAAGAGAAAGAACCCUCAGAGAUCUAGAAACACAGCUACAGCAGAUGAUCUCUGAAGCCGAAGAAAUUAAGUCUAAAGACGUAGGAGAUAGUCUUGAUGCACAGCAGCUGAGGACUUUGGAGAAUCAACUGGAUAAAACUCUUAUAAAGUGCGGUGAAGCAGCACAUAUCAAAACGGCAUACGAGGGUAUUAUAGACACAAUGCUUAAGGAACGAUUGAACUUCGAUAACAGAAUUGCUGCAUUGAAACAAGAGAUUAGACAAAGACUGCAGACCGUAGAUGAGAUGCAAGGAAUGAGCAGUGAUGCACAGUUGGCUAGAGACCAGACGAAGGAGGAGCUGGUCAAACAAGAAGCUUCGUUGCAAGAAGCGAAGAAGGUCAGAGAUCGUGAACUCUCCAUAUACAAGAGACAAGCUGACGAGAAGAAAGAACAAGCAGACAGAAUAGAAAGACGACAACUUCAACGAACGUCACUUCAAGUUGAUGAACCGAAUCUUGGGGAGGUGAGUUUGGAAGUCGAUGCAAUGAAGUCUAAUGAAGACGAAGAGCACAUUACAACAUACAAGGAGGCCAUGGCGACUAUCAAAGAGGCCACGGGAGUGUCAGAUGUCCAUGAAGUAGUGCGUAGGUUUAUGUCACAGGGAGACACCAAGGCUCAUCUGGAGAGAUUAAAGGAAGAGAACAACCAACAGCUCAGAGAGCUUAGAGAGGAGAAGAGCAAACUGCAAGCUGAAUUUGAAGAGAUGAAAUAUUCUGGGGAAGCUCAACUUUCCAGUGGUCAGAGAAUGCUGGAAGACUUUGAGAAUCACUUAAAAGAGGCUAAGGAGAGGUUGUUUGGUAUACAAACUGAAGCUGACCGAUCAACAAAGACUUUGCUGAGUGUGAAGGUUGGAGUGGAGCAUCUCACUGAGAAGCUACAGCAGUUGAAAGCGGACAAGUCUGUUGCCCCCAAAGUUCAUCUUGACACAACUAGUGAUGAGUUUGUGCUGGAGCUAUUAGCGACAGCUGAACAGAAGCUUGUUAAGCUUGUGGAAGAAAUAGAGGGAAAGAACGUGGAUGAAAUCAUGAAGGAAAUGGAAGAUGAAGAGUUCCACUCAUCAUUUGAGAAGCAUUUGCCUUCGUUCAACAUUCGUGUAAGGCUACCAGAAGUAGCCGAACCGGAAGAUUACGGAGUUGAAUCAGAGAGUAGCUCUGACGACGAAGUUCUCACAAGAGCUUUGCUCAAACAAACGGCUCAGGCAAUGAUUGACUCCCGAACAAAGAAGAAGAAAGGAGGUGGUGGAAAAAAGAAGAAAGGGAAGAGAGACUGAGAGAUGGCAAUCUCAAACUGUAGAGCAAUCAGUAAAGCGUGAUUCAUUAGAACUCUAGCUGCACACAGUACAUCUCGUUCUGUCUAAUCUCGAACUACCUUGACAUAACAGUUUUGUUUGGUUGAAUGUUUCCUGCUCUGUAUUUGUGUCGUACUCUCCCACUAGCGAAGUUACAGCAAUCUUAGCAAUAGAAAUACAAAGAGUAUAAAUAACAAAGGGA